AUGCUGGGACCGGGAAAGUUCAGCGACUUCGAUGAUACCGCGGGAGGGGACGGAGAGAACGGCCAAGGGCAGGCGGACCUGGACAUGGGUGCCCUUGAGUCGAAGUUUGCAAGCAAGAAUUGGAAGGAUCGCAGCGACUGCCUGGUAGCUGUAGCCGCCAAGGUCAGGAGCGGUUUCAAAGGAUGCAAGGAGGAAGAGGUAAUGCGCUAUGUUCUCGAAGGCGUCGAUGAUUCCAAUGUGAUUGUGCAAGAGAAAGGCAUUGAGGCGGCGGUGUGCUUCAUUGAAAAUGCUUCCGAGCAUUCGAUGAAGGAAAUUAGCCCGCAGUUGUCAGCCAGGCUCGUUUACAAGGGGCUGGUUCAAGCCAAAUGUCGAGGCAAAGCACAGAGAGCUUUGCUGCAGAUGUGCAAGCUUCAUUCCAACGUGGUGGUCACCGAACUGAUGGCAGCCGCUUCUUCGAAACAGCCGAAGAUAGCUGCCGCCGCCGUGGAGUCCCUGCGGAUUUACUUGCAGUCGGAAGGAUUGCCCACCUUUGACAAGGCGCUGUUGAAGGAGAUCAUAUCGCUUUCUGUGCAGCUCUUCGAUAGCACCGUGACCUCUGUGAGAGCUGAAGCACUCCCCAUCGCCCUGUCAAUCUUCAAAGUCUUUGGCUCGUCUCUCAGGGAAAAGUAUCAAAAUCUGCGGCCUGCGCAGCAGAAGGAAAUCGAUGACGCACUAGCACAAAUGGAGAAGUCGAGCGUGGAAAUCAAGGAGAAUGAGGACCCAGCAGAUACAACGGGUCGCGAUCAGAACCUUGGACAGGGGUCGGACGUCAAGGCCAUGGAAGAUCAACCAGUCCAAACUCUCCCAGAGCUGGACCUGUGGGAGAUUUCAGAUCCUGUGAAUGUUUUGAAGCAGAUCCCAGAGGAUUGGUGUCAGCAAGUGACCUCUGAGCCAAAAUGGCAAAUCAGACUCGAGAAAUUGAAUACUUUGAUGGAACUUUCAAAGGUGCCAAGGAUAGCUCCUGGAGAUUACGGGGAGAUUGUAAAAACUCUACUCAAACUUUUCAACGAUUCGAUGGUACUGGUUGUUUCCACCGCUGCAACUUGCAUUUCAAAUCUAGCAGGAGGACUUCGCAAGUCUUUUUCUCCAUAUGCAAGAUUGUGUAUUGGACCCCUACUGGAUCAUUUUCGAGACAAAGAUCGCCGAGUGACCGAAGCGCUGCAUGCUGCGUUCCUUUCGUUGUAUCCUAGUUCCUUGUGUGCAGACGAUGUGUUGGACGAAAUUUCCAAAGUUCUCGAACCCAAAAUUAGUAUCAAGGCUAAGAUUGAGGCGGUGAAAUUGCUUCAAGUGUUGGUAGAGCGCAGAAAAGCUGAUGAUUUGAGCCUCUGGGUGAAGCAUUUGGUUGAAGUCAUUGGAAAAGCAACGAAUGACAAUGCAUCCGAGGUUCGAGAUGCAGCAAAGGCCUCAAUGUCGUGUCUCGCGUCUGCAGCUGCUGUAGAGAAUCUUCAUAUUCCAAUGGAGAUAUUGGACGAGAAGCUGAGAGCACGCCUGGAGUCCAGGCAGAAUGAAGAGACUGCUGAAAGCUCAACAAGUCAGCGAACCAAAUCUGUUCCUUCCUCACCAGCGAGGAAUUCUCCGAGCGUCAAGACGAGAAGUAAACCGAGAUUGCUCACGCUGGAAGAUGAUGCAGGCAACCCGAAGGAAGUGAUUGGAAGAGCAAAAUCUAGUCCGAAGCUAUCGCCUGCGAAAGGUCAUGGAAGGGAGGCGACCAAAGUCGAAGCUACACCAUUGGGAAGUAAAGCUCGAGAAAGCUCGAAUGCGGUCAAAAAAGCGAAGGAUACAGCAAGCAGCACGUCAGUCACAGCCCUGAAAGAUGAGGAGUUAGAGAGUUUUGCUAAAGAAGCAAUCAACACCAAGUAUCCCAACAUGCUCGAGCGACUGGAAACUGGGGCAUGGAAGGAUAAGCUUGAAGCUCUCACAGAACUCGAGAACGUCACCAAGAUAGAGGAGUUUAUGGGCCAAGAGAACAUUGCUCAGGCAUUAUUGAGGCUACUGACUGCAAUGUUCAUCGAUCGCAAAGAAACCAACAUGCAGGUCUUGGCUAAAGUCUUUCAGAUUGCUGCAGAUCUGUUCUUGAAGCGUUCGUUGCAAAGCAUGAACCUCAUCGAAAGCUACAUCCCGGUACUUGUUGACAAAUUUUCUGACGCCAAGCAAGUUGUGACCGACUGUCUCUUAAAUUUUGGAGAGGCGAUCAAUCCAAAGCAAGUUCUGGAUGCUGUGAUCGAUCAAGUCAGUCAACACAAGAAUCCAAAGGUGCAUUCCGAAGCUCUUGCCUUCUGUCAAGUAUAUUGUUUGGAAUUCGGAUUCUCUGUUUUGGAUCCAAAGAUGCUCUUGGGAUUCAUCAAGAACAUGCUGACCUCGCCAAAUCCAACGGUGAAAAAGAGCUCAAUCGAAAUACUUAAGACCAUGCGAAUCCAUCUUGGUUCUGACAUCCGAAACUUCUUGACGGAUGUAAAGCCAGCUUUACUUACAGUGAUAGAUGAGGCGUUCAGCUCCAUUCCUGAAUUGCAAGAAGCGCCCAUGUCAACAACAGCAGCCCCUCGACGUGUCUGCAAGGCUUCGGGCAAGGAGAAAGAAUUGCUCACUGAUGACGCAUCAUUCAAGGCAACACCGCUUGCAACCAUUGUCCAUAAAUCGUUGGAAGGGCUCUCGAACAGCAACUGGAAGGAUCGCCACAGUUCUCUGAUUGCCAUUGAAGACGCUUUGAAGAAAGCGAAACCACUGGGCCAUCAAGGACCAUACGUGGACGUCAAUGGUGGAGAAUUCUGGACACAGCUCAAGGCAAGAUUGCGAGAUAGCAAUAAGAAUAUUGUCAUGCUGUCGAUCUCGUUGCUCAGCCAGUUGACGGAAGCGAUUGGGCCCAACAUGGAGAAAGUGAACAAGAUUGUGCUGCCCUCCCUGUUUCCCCUCAUAGGAGACAAUAAGAAGGUCGUAAGAGAUGCGGUUCUUGAAUGCAUGAAGACGCUGUCAAAGAACCUUUCUCCCGAUAUCAUUGUUCGUCAUGCGCAUUUCGCUCUUUCAGUAGAAGCUCCCGCCGGUCGUGAGGAUGCAACGAGAUGGAUGGCUGAUUUUCUUCAGAACAUGGAUAAGAAGACUGACUUAGAUCUGUCUAGCCUUCUCCCACCGAUUAUAGAUAGCUUGCAACACAGGAACGCUGAGAUUCGGGCAGCAGCGGAGAGAUGCCUGGUUCCCAUCAUUUCUUUGAACGGCACAGAAACGUUAGAGAAGAUCAUCAGAGAUCAGAAGCCUGCUCUAGCAGAAACCCUUCAAGCUGUUUGUAGCAGGGCAGCGCAAGAAGCAAACGAAGAGGGCUCUUCCAGUCAUGCGGCAGGACAUCACUUGCAGGACAGACCGCCCCAUCGAUCGUCGCCAAGUAGCCCUGACCCUCAAGACUCCAACGGAAGGGUUUUGAGCGCCCAUAGGCCUCCCUCGCCUCAACUUUCUUCAUCCAUGAGAUCGCCCAUACAGGACAGAAGAGAUGGGAACGUGCGGAGCUCGCUGUUGUCAAGGAACAUCUCAAGCGCGAAGUUCAGAGAGAAAGACAGCGAAACACGGAAUUCUCGUAAGAGUCUUUCGUUGAGCAGGCCUUCAACUGCCACAUCCAUGGUAAGAAAAAGUAUUCUGAAGCCUGACGCUAUGGAGAACAUUUCAUCCUCCCAAGGAUCUGCCGCAUCUGCACCUUCAAACUUGAAUCAAAGGAUUUUUCGGCGAACCAAUCAAAAGGACCUGAGAGAAAAGCGACAUGGGAAAUUCAAAUGGAUACUUGACAACGCCAAAGAGGUCGAAAGUUUGGUACAAGCCAUGAGCGAGCAGAUGUUUCAAUGUAUAGAUUCUGAAAUACACUCGAAACUUUUCUCUAAGGAAUUCAAAAAGCAAGUGGAAGGCAUGAGAAUUAUGGGGAAUUCAUUUCAAAUUGAAGCUGAAGAGGUGAUUGACAAUCUGGAUAUGAUCCUGAAAUUUUGCUCCUUGCGUCUGGUUGGCAAAGGAAACAACACAAUUGUUGUGUUGGCAGUUUUGGACUUGUUGAGGAAUCUGUUUGAUUUCUUGACCAAGGAAAACUACUGCCUAUCUGACUAUGAAGCGCAAAUGUGCUUGCCUUGCCUGAUGGAAGAAGUCGGAGCCAACAACGAGAACGUCCGCAAGCAGAUCCGAGAAGCUCUUCUGAUCCUUGUUGCGCUGUAUCCAGCGAGCAAGUUCUUCAAUCUCCUUCUGGAUACUUUGCUCCACACCCGAAAUCAACGGGCCAAGGCAGAAUGUCUUUCUGUAGCCUGCUACAUGGUUCAAGAAAAAGGAUUGGACGAGGUCACGAGUAAUCCGGGCAAGGUGAUAUCGACUAUAGGUACCUUUGUUUCGGAGAGAGAUGCGUCAGUUAGAAAUUCGGCCAUCGAGUUCAUUAUUGCGGUAUACAGCAUGAUCGGUGAAAAGGUCUGGAAGCACCUGAGUAAGUUGGAGAUCAAGGACAAGGACCUGAUAGACACAAAACUGAACAAAAUGAAACUCUGCCGGGGGUCGAUGAAAGAACCCUCCCCUUCCAAUUACCCUCAUGAGAGAUUGCCCCGUCAUGAAAGCGAUUCAGAAUCGCCACUGACGGUGAAGGAACAUGGCUUUGCGGUUAGGUCCUCCAUGGAAAUGAAAUCUCAUUCCUUGCAUGGCGACAAGAAUGUUUCUGUGCACAAGCCGAUGGUAGACUUGAUCAGUGUGGACCCGUUCAAGCCUUCCAGAUCGGCUCAUGGGGAAAGGCGCUUCGAAUCAGCAGAGAAAUCAUUGUUUUGUGAUCAAAACAUGCACAAUAUGAUCUGCUCAUUGAUCGACGACAUUCGUGCGAGCUCAACAGCUCGAGAGCAAGCAGCAGCUGUUCUUCAACUAUGUGACAUCAUCGACUCCAUCAAGACAAGAGGGGACGCGGACGAAGUCCUAGCUCAUGUGGACAUCAUUGUUGAUACUCUUAUCACACUUGUCGGUGAGAGUAUUGCAACUGGGGGGACUUGGGAUGAUACGGAUACACGGAAAGGAGUCACAGAUGCCCUUCGCUCCCUUCACUACUUGUUGUCAAGCGUCCCCACAGCGGCCAAGACUGUGAGCGACAGGGUCUUAAGUCGUCUCAUGGAAGAAUUGUUAUGGACCUUGCAUGAUCCGCAUCUCCACGACGACGAGAUGAUGGAGCAGGUUGUUCGCUCUAUGAAUGAGCUGGUCGUGGAUGUGCUUCACUUCGCGCGGCCGAAUGCAGUUUUUACCAUCCUGAUCAACUUUCUUUACGAUCAAGCUCCUUUGUCGGGCCUUCGGGAACCAACUCUUGAUUUCAUUGAUGGUGUCUUGCGGUGUCUGUUGGAAAUGACUAGGAGAAUUUCAACUUUCCUGGACGACAUGAACAUCGACGUUCUUCUGAGAGACAUACACAAGUUCUUGACUGCACACCCGCCGUCCCAAUACAAAGGGAAGGAAUUCAGGCCCCUGCGUCUGUUGAAGAUGAUUUUGAACGAGUUGGUCAAGCUGAAAGGGACAGCUAUCAAGAAUCAUCUGACUUUGAUACCUGUUCACAGCAAUCCCAUCCUUUGCUCUUACCUUGAGCUGGUGUUCAAACAACAAGGCGCAAAGAUGACCAAGGAAAGCUCCGAAUCGUUUUCAAGGGUGCACAGCAUAUUUGACCAGAUAGUCAGCAAGGACUCCUCUGUUGCACGAUCCGGCUUCGAGAGCUUGCACGACUAUAUCCAGGAGAACGACGACUUUGAUCUGGAUGACUACAUGUCGGAUCGCCCAGCAGACUUCCGAGUCCACGUCAAGAGAGGCCUGGCAAAGAUACACGCACGAGUGGAGAGCAAGCAUGGCUCAUGUUGCGAGCAACAGGAUGACAGUUCGCAGGACGAAACGUCGAUGGAGACCAGCGCUGCAGAGGAGAAGAAGCACUUGACGUGCUUCAAAGGUCCCUCCGCAACUUCGCCGUUGAUCCAAAAGUUUCACCAGCUCCGUUCGCUGCUUGCGAAUCAGAGGUUCCGAGCUGCACAAACGGUCUUCGUUCCUGAGCCUGCAGGAGAGGCUAGCAAAGCUGAAGCUGGAGAAGUCCUUGGAGCCAAGUCCUUGAGGCCGCAGGGGCCAUGCAGCAUUCUAGGAGCAGCUGAGCUGUUCAACCUCGAGCUGAUGAGGCUGCAUGUCCGGUUGGGCUGCCUCUACCGCUCCUACACCGACAAUGUCGUGGACGAACGUUCACACUUCCGCAAGGCCUUGGAGUGCAUCAAGAGUUUCGAGGUCUCCCGGGGCGCCGAUGAGAUCAAAUCGUACAUGUCCCUGAUGAUAUCGGAGACUUUCGUUCGGGAGGGGGACCUCAAGCAAGCGCAUGCGUUCCUGUCUGCCGCACUCGAGCAUGCACUAAGUUCUGAGUCCAGAGACUGCGUGAGCUACGUUGCUCUCGUGCAGAGCUCCGUGCAUGUCAUGCAGGGGGACAUUGAGGGCGCCAGGUGCUGCAUCAAGGUUGCGAUUGACAAGGAGAGCAGCAGUGACAAGACUGCCAUCUGCUGCCUGGCUGCCGCCCACAUAGAGCUCAGGUGA